CCGGGGGUCGCGGGUGGAGGGGUUUUCUGGCGAGGCUGAGCGCUGAUGUUUGAGGAAGCGGUGUUAACAGCGCUGUGGUUUUUCUGAUGAUGAAAGAGGUUGGAGUGUCGCCCUGUGUCCUUGGCGUUUAAACGAAGCCGGCAUGUGUUCAGCAGCGGGGGUUUUCAUGCAACACUUCAUUGCUGCGGCUCCAAAGGCGCUGCUCGCGAUUAAUGAGUUAAGCUGCUAGUUUAAAAAAAUCCUCCCCACCUCCCCUAAUGUGCCUGGACCGAUUGAUCGCCCCCCACGCACCCUCAAUCAUUAGAUAGUGGCAAAUGUCACCCUCUGUGCUGAGCGUUGUUUGUUUUUAAAGAUUCCUGGUUAUUUCCCUUAUUGAUAAAUAAGUUCCUUCUCCUUCCUGCUCCCCCCUCCCUUUUCUCCUCCCCCAGAAUUAAAUUCCUGAGCAACAGCAAAAGCUGAUGUCAGUGCUUCAGCUUGCAUUGGGGGAGCUCUGUGCACAGGUCAGUAAUUUGCGGUUUCGUUCGAAGGAAGAAUGCGGUGCAGCGCUGUUCUGACGGGGAUAUUUGGGUUUUUCUAAGCACGGAUGCGUUUACCCCUCGUAUUGCGGUAGUUACCGACAGCUCCCCGGUGGGAGCUGGGUGCUGCAUAAGCAUAUGUAGGAGAGACCAUCGCUGUCCCGAGCAGCUGGCGAUGACGAAUGCGUCGGGAACGGUUACCAGAGGUUCCAUCUCCCUCUGAUUUGGGGUGGCAAGGCAGACCCCUCUGUGGCAGGAAAGGUUCAGCACAAUGAGUUGGCAUUCUGGGCAUUAGCAGCGUGAGGAGAAUAGGACGGGUGCUGCCUGCUCACCCCUCACCCUCGCUCAUUCCCCGUGGGGAGACGGGUGCUGGCGUCCCUGCCCUGCCCUCCACCCCUUGCUCCCCACUGGCCAUAGAGGGGCCCGGCCCGUUAUGGCUGGGGACAGGCUCCCACGCAAGGUGAUGGACCCCAAGAAGCUGGCCAGCCUCCUGAGGAACGGGGCAGAGGGCACCCUGGUCAUCGACAGCCGCUCCUUCGUGGAGUACAACUCCUGGCACGUCCUCAGCUCCGUCAACAUCUGCUGCUCCAAGCUUGUCAAGAGAAGGCUCCAGCAGGACAAGGUCUCCAUCACGGAGCUCAUCCAGCCCGCCUCCAAGAUGAAGGUGGAGGCGGAGGACCACCAGGACGUGGUGGUUUAUGACCAGAGCACGCGGGACGUGACCGGCUUGGCUGCUGACAGCUUCCUCUCCAUCCUCCUGGGCAAGCUGGACAGCUGUUUCCACAGCGUCUCCAUCCUCACAGGAGGCUUUGCCACCUUCUCAUCCUGCUUCCCAGGGCUCUGUGAGGGGAAGCCAGCUGCCAUCCUGCCGAUGAGCAUCUCCCAGCCGUGCUUGCCUGUGGCCAACGUUGGCCCCACCCGCAUCCUGCCACAUCUCUACCUGGGCUCCCAGAAGGAUGUCCUGAACAAGGACCUGAUGACACAGAACGGGAUAAGCUAUGUCCUAAAUGCCAGCAACUCCUGUCCCAAGCCAGACUUCAUCUGUGAUAGUCACUUCAUGCGCAUUCCUGUCAAUGACAACUACUGUGAGAAGCUGCUUCCCUGGCUGGACAAGUCCAUUGAAUUCAUUGACAAAGCUAAGGUGUCCAGCUGCCAGGUGAUUGUGCACUGCUUGGCUGGGAUCUCCCGGUCAGCCACCAUUGCCAUCGCCUACAUCAUGAAGACCAUGGGUAUGUCAUCAGAUGAUGCUUACAGGUUUGUUAAGGACCGUCGCCCAUCCAUCUCGCCCAACUUCAACUUCCUGGGCCAGCUCCUGGAGUACGAGAGGAGCCUGAAGCUCCUCAAGGCCCUGAAGUCCAAGGGCGACUGGGGCGAGGGGGACGCCCAGCAGGACGCAGCGGAGGUGGCCGAGAGCAGCCGGCAUCCCCUAACACCUACCUCAGAGAAGGCCGAGGACGUGCCGAGGAGCGCCGGCUCGGCGUCCCCCACCGGUGACCCCGAGCGGCAGGGCGGGACCCCCAAGGUCCUGUCCCCCACCAGCCUGCAGCAGGGGCUCAACGGCCUGCACCUCUCCUCCGAGCGCAUCCAGGACACCAACCGCCUGAAACGCUCCUUCUCCCUGGACAUCAAGUCCGCCUACUCGCCCGGCCUGCGGCAGGACCCCCCCGGGCCCGCCGGCCCUGGGGAAGCCCCCAAACUCUGCAAGCUGGACAGCCCCUCGGGCUCGGGCAGCCUCAGCCCCUUCUCCCCGGGGGCGGACAGCCCUGAGCGGCCCGCGGGGCCCGAGCUGCUGCUGGAGGCCAAGGCGAGGCAGCGGCGGAAGCACCGGCACGCGGCGGGCUCGCCGGCCCACGGGCUCGGCCAGCUCCCCUCCAUCCAGCGGAUGAUAAGCUGUCCAGACAUGAAGCUCUGCAAGCACAUGGAGGGGCACAAGUGA